GACAGCACGUUACAGCCCAACAGCACAGGGGAAACGAAAUCCAUGUUUUAUUCACAGAAUUCACGUGAAUCACCGUUUAAAUACUACAGAAACCCUCAAGCAAACCCACAAAAUUUUGAGGAGAAGAAGGAAUGGGUGAAGAGAGCACAAUGUGGAAUUUUGAGGGUGAUAAGCACCUGAACAAAGCAUCUGCUUGCACUAUUAGAAGCUUUCUCACCACCGUGAAAGAAAAUCUGAAUCAGAAUGACGAUAGGCCUGUUAUUCCUCUCGGCCAUGGCGAUCCAAGCGGAUUCCCGAGUUUUCGGACUGCUCAAGUAGCUGAAGACGCCGUUGUUGAUGCAGUUCGAUCUGCCAAAUUCAAUAGUUAUUCAUCAAGUCUUGGUAUUAUUGAUGCGAGGAGGGCGAUUGCAGAGUAUCUCUCUCAUGACCAUCCAUAUGAUAUAUCACCAGAGGAUGUUUUUGUCACUGUUGGUGCAAGACAAGCAAUUGAUGUCUUAAUAACAGUUCUUGCGCGUCCUGGAGCUAAUAUAUUGCUCCCCCGACCAGGAUAUCCAUUGUAUGAAGCACGGGCCGUGUUUAGCCAUCUUGAAAUACGCCACUUUGACCUUCUUCCAGAGAAGGCAUGGGAAGUUGACCUUAAUGGCUUAGAAACUCUGGCAGAUGAUAGAACAGUUGCCAUGGUUCUUGUAAACCCUGGGAAUCCAUGUGGAAAUGUGUACACACACGAACAUUUACAGAAGAUUGCAGAGACAGCAAAAAAGCUUGGAUUUCUGAUAAUAUCAGAUGAAGCUUAUGGCUAUCUAGCUUUCGGGAGUACUCCAUUUGUGCCAAUGGCAAGGUUUGGAUCAAUUGUACCUGUUUUCACAAUUGGCUCUUUAUCUAAAAGAUGGAUGGUUCCUGGCUGGCGAAUUGGUUGGGUUCUGACGAGUGAUCCCAAUGGUAUCCUCCAAAAACAUAAGAUUACUGAGUGCAUUAAGAGCUAUAUUGAUAUCUCCGCUGAUCCUUCAACUAUUAUUCAGGGUGCUCUUCCUCAAAUUCUUAAGAAAACACCUGAAAGUUUCCAUUCAAAAACUUUAAAUUUGCUGAGAGAAGCUGCAGAUAUGUGUCAUGCUAGACUAAAGAAGAUCCCUUGCAUCACCUACCCAAGCAGACCCCAAGGUUCCAUGUUCUUUAUGGUGAAAUUGAAUCUACUGUUACUGAAAGACAUAAAUGACGACGUUGAAUUUUGCAUUAAGCUAGCCAGGGAGGAAUCGGUGAUUGCGCUUCCAGGGGCUGCCGUGGGAUUGAAAAAUUGGCUGAGGAUAACUUUUGCGGUCGAGCUUUCAUCUCUUGAAGCUGGCCUUGAAAGGAUUAAAGACUUCACCCUAAGGCAUGCAAAAACUGAAUAGUUGAAACAGUUCUUAAGCCUAUGCAAAAAUUGAUGAUCUGAUAACUAUAACUUGAAUUUUAUUAAGUUUUGGAAGAUUAACCAUCAUCCCUUUUUCUCAUAUUUGAAAUUCAAAUUUAGAAGAAUGUUGUUCGGUCUUGUGUUUGCUUGAAUACGUAUGGCCAAUUGUUGGGGAUCCUAGGAGUUCAAUCAACCAAAACAUCAAACAAUAGAAGAAAUUCGAAGGCAAAACAAUGGAAAAAGGGAUGGAAAAAUGCAACCUGUCUUUGGCCGAAUCUGGACAGAUUUUGCUUCUUCCUUGCAGCAGCUUUCUUCCCUUCUUAUGGCUGUUUUUCAGGCUCAGGAACAGCCCUCCAUGACUUGCAAAUCACCUUCCAAGAGAGAGGGGAAAAAUCCGGCAAAGAACCACCACCUUAAGCUAAAAAACCGAGAGUCCUUUUUGCUGGGAAAAACCGAGAGCUCCCUCUCAUCAAGUCACAACAUCUCCCCCAAGAUUAAAUCUCGGUCGUCGAUCUUCAUCCAAUGGUCCACAAAAAACUGAAUAGAUGGUGUUAAGUGAACCAUAUUCUCACAUUCUUCAUCUUGGUUCUCCUAACACUCUCUCUUGGUUGCGAAUUUGCACAUGGAAGAACUGUUCAUCAUCACCGCCCACUACCUGCAAGAAAAAUUAACCAAUGUCAAUAUGUAAUAAAGAUAAGCACAAUUUAAAUUUACCUGCAAGUAGAAUUUUUGUUCCCAUAUCAGAGGGAUUCCUAUCAGUGUGAAUUUUAACAAGAUUAACUUCA